UUCUUGGGGAGAAAUGAUGAAUAAUUCGUGUCACUGCGUUGGCGCGUAUGCGGCACUAUUCAUGCUUCCACAGCAGACGACGUUCCUCUUGCGCAUUUUGUCGAACACUUUGUGAGCACUCACGAAACUUUGAGUAAAUAUUGCUCACCCUGCUCCUCUCCUCAAAUUCGAUUCCGCCAUUUUUGCAUUUGCAGACAAAAACUAAAAUGGAAGAGAAGGAGAAGAGGAGUAUUUCCUUUCUCAAUUUUUAUGCUUCAAUUUUUUCUGCAAGUGUGGGCUGCUAACCUUAUUUUAAUAGGAUGUACCAGAGGUGAAGCGCGCCGUACAAUAGUCAAUGCAUUGCUAAACCCUAACGUGCAUUUAAAUCAUUAUUUAUAUAAUAUAAAUAGAAAGAGGAAGAAAAACCCUUCUCCGUCGACUGGGAAGUUUCCUCAUUGCAUUCAAACCAGCACCGGAACCUUUCCACUUCCACACCAAUGGCCCAGUUGAACCCCGAAGACGACUCUAUAUUGAUCUUCUCUGUCGCGCUCUGGCUCCAAAACAAGGGCUUUUCCAAAGUCCUCAAACGAUUCUGCACCGCAGCUCAAAUUGAGGGUGAGGAUUGGAAGGCCAAGGCACUUAAUUUGAAUGAGAUUUUCACUAAAUAUCAGGAGAUUAGCACUAGUGCCUGCAAUGACUUGAAAUUUCAGGUGAAGCAAGAAGAACCGGUGGCUGAUGUGGCAGAAAAAACAGCAAAUGGUUCAACUGCUGGGGAAAUUAAAGGCAAGAAGAAGAACAAAAAGAGCAAGAGUGACACUAAAGUCAAUGAAAGUGAAGAAACACUUGAAGAUACAGCCGUGGCCGAAAAGUUAAAUAAAUCACAUGAGAAUGGCAACGAGGAUGAAAGUGGUAAGGCAUCAAACAAAUCCAAUGAUGUUAAAAUGCCUGAAUUAGCAGAGGAUCAAUCAACUAAGAAACCAAAAGAAAAGAAGAAGAAAAGCAAGUUGGCAUCACAGUCGCUGGAUGCUGAUGUGCCUGAAGUGAAACAAGAAGCUGUAUCAUCUGAAAAUGCUGAGGCUACAGAAGAUGGGACUGAUGAAUCUAAAAAGGCUUCCAAGAAAAGAAAAAGAAUGCUUCCUGAUGAAACCGAAAAGAAGUCUGGUGAGGAAGUAGCAAUUGAAGAAUCAAAAUCUAAAAAAUCAAAAUGUCUUGAAGAAAGCAAAGAUGUCCCUGAAGCCAAUGGCCAUGCUUUUGAACAAGCAAACACUGAUGCUUUUGAAGGGGAUUUGAUGACUGUUUCUGCUAACAGUAAUGAAAUGGGUAAAUCAAGUCAGAAAAAAUCUGCAAGCAAACAACCCAAAAGUUCUGAGCCAACAACAGCGAAAGCAUUCCAAAGAGUGAAGAUUGAUGAGGUAGAAUUUGUUGAUGACAGACUUCAAGACAAUUCUUAUUGGGCAAAGGAUGGUGCAGAAACUGGUUAUGGUGCUAAAGCACAAGAAGUCCUGGGACAAGUCAAGGGAAGGGGCUUUCGUCACGAGAAAACUAAGAAGAAGCGUGGUAGCUACAGAGGAGGACAAAUCGACCUGCAAUCACACUCCGUGAAGUUCAAUUAUUCUGAUGAAGAAUGAAACAUGCAUGUGAGGCUUUGAACUCAUUGUCCAUUUUUGAUCCCAUAAUUGGGAAGUCAGUUUUGAGGGCUCCUUUUUUAUCCCAUAAUUGGGAAGUCAGUUUUGGUGUUGUCCUAUAUUACGAUUCAAUGUGUAAUGGCACCAUUCUUAGCAGAUAUUUGGUUAUGAUUUUA